AUGUCGAAUGUAGCUCAAGGUGCAAAUGCUCGCGAGCACUUCAAAGAGCACGGUUGGGUUCGUGUCCCGUCUGUUAUCUCUAAGGAGCAAUCCGACGAAGUUCUUCGGAAGCUCUGGAAGGUAAAAGAAACAGUCGAGGCACGGGGCGAAGACACCCACCUUGCCUUCCUAGACCCAAACCCCAGCAAUGUUCGUAUCUUCUAUCUGAUGGAACUGGAUAAGAUCUUCCGCGACCUUAUCUUCCAUCCUACUGCUCUGGAUAUGGCAAAAACCGUGUUGGGGGGUAACUUCAUCAUAUCCAACUUCACGGCGAACAUUGCAAGACCCGGUGCUCGGUCCAUGGCUCUGCAUUCGGAUCAGAGUUUAGUUUUCGAGGAGCCUUGGAAGACAGUACAAGCCAUGAAUGUUAUCUGGUGUCUCACCGAUGUUACCAAGGAAAACGGCGCGACACUAUAUAUACCGGGCUCGAACAAGAUCGUGACUCGCGACGAGGUGCCGAAGAAUGCCCCGGAACUUUUAGUUCCAUUCGAAGCCAAAGCUGGCGACAUCAUUGCCAUGGACGGUCGUGUCUGGCAUACAAGCGGCUCGAAUGUCACGAAGGACGAAGACCGUGCGCUCCUCUUUGGUUACUACACCUCACCGCACAUCCGUCAGCAGGUCAAUUGGACGGCGAAGUUGCCCAAAGAGAUCCAGGACAGUCUGGACCCGGAGCAAAAGUCGCUGCUAGGGCUAGAUCCUGUUGCCAAUCUUGGUCUGGCGGGCGAAUUGAAAUACUUGUCGGAGCAAUAUCCAGAAUAUGUCAAAUAG